CACAAAUACCAGACUCAGAAAAGUCGACGAAGUGCAGAGAAACGAAAGGUUAUUCCUUAGCAGCCUGGAAUGUGAGCAGCUCUGGUCCUGCUGCAAUCAGCAGCUAGAGAGGAGAUAGCAGCACACCAGAGAAAUUCUCCACAGACGGGGAGCGUUGUAGAUGACCAUUCAGGCCACUGAUAUCAUCACGUACAAUACAGCAAAUACUUAUUCACCUCAUUUACAUCUUCCUUCUAUGUAUACAGUACUUAGAUAUUGUAUCCUGUCUGGAGAUGUGACAGGUUUGAGGGCUAGCAUGCGGAGCCUGGUGCUGCAGGUACUCGCUAUGAGGCAACUCGGACGGUUGAACCCUCGUCACCUGCUAGCAGCUGGUUACGGACCAAGGAGGACUGAGUGGGGCCCCAGAACCAUUCAUACCCGGCAGCUGUUUGGUUGCUCGUCUUUGCCUGUAAUUGGUGGUCACCGGCCUGCUGUGAAGUCCUGGUCUUUGCACCAUCUGCGAUUUAAAAGCAAAACGAAAGCUCCUUUGCAUACAGCCCAGGAAGAGAAGGAUGAAGUAGAGGAUAAAAAUGACCCUGAGGACAGUGAUUAUGAAGAUGUAGAUCCUAAUUUACCUAAGGACUAUAAAGACAUGGAGAAAUUUGUACCGUCAUUCCGUUAUGACGUCGUCUUAAAGGCUGGUUUGGAUUUAGCACGCAACAAAAUCGAGGAUGCCUUCUACAGAAACAAGCUCAGACUAAAUGGACAGAAACUAAUCAAGAAAAGUAAAACAGUUAAAGUUGGGGACACCUUGGACCUUGUGAUGUCAGAAAACAGCGAAACAAACACCGUCAUUCUGAUGAGAGUCAUCCUCAGAAGGGUACUAGGUGAAUCCAACGAUGGAGAUAAAUACAAAGUUUCCAUAAGGAGGUGGAAAGGCCUUGAACUUGCCAAGGACGAAGCCUUCAAACCAUGAACAUGUACUGAAUCUGCAACAAAAAGGUUAAAAGUGUUCAGAUGUGUGGAAUUUAAAUUAACCCAAGAUGCUGGCUCUCCAGUGAUCAGCAUAUUGGUUCGAGACAGUAGACAGAUUAGUUGUGAAAGAAGAAUUUAAACAUGUACUUUUUGUCAACUAUUGUAAGAUUAUGAUAAUAAAGGUGCAUUUUGAAGGUGUAAACCUUAAA